AUGAUUCCUGAGUAUCCUGAUCCAGGUUCUUUCAUUUGUGAGGAUGGUGAGAGGAGGAAACUUCCUCCACUCAGCAGAUCAGAUGUCAGGCCUCAGUAUGUUCACCACCUGGCCCCGAAGCCGGUACCUGAGAUCACAGACUCCAUCCCCAAACACAAAGAUUCCUCAUCUUGUAUGCAUGGGCGUCAGUGUGGCGAUGGGAGCUGUGUAUGGGAGAACCAAUGGUGUGACGGGGUGAAGGAUUGUCCAGCAGGCCAGGAUGAAGCUAACUGUGUGAGGCUUCGUGGUUCCAGUUUCCUGCUCCAGAUCUACUCGUCUCAAACUAAAACCUGGAGGUCUGUUUGUUCACGCGGUUGGACGGACCAGCAGGGGAGAGCGAGCUGUCAGCACAUUGGAUACAGCAGGAGCACAUAUUUUAAAUCAGGCCAGCGGGAGGCUGACUCUGGUGAUGGAUUCUUGAUGAUGAAUUCUGAUUUCAACCCUGAGACUUCCAUAUUGCAACAGUUUUUCCCCAGCAAGACCUGCCCCAACAACAGUGUGGUGACAUUAAGAUGCACUGAUUGUGGAGGUGGUGUGAACUCCAGCAGGCCCUCUAGGGGCCAACUGGCCUCUCUCGGGGCCUGGCAGUGGCAGGUUAGCCUGCAGAUCGCGGGCUCUCACCGCUGUGGAGGAGCAAUCAUUUCCCCCUACUGGAUAGUCACUGCAGCACACUGUGCGGCCAAGGCCUCUCACCCUGGAGUCUGGACAGUGUAUGCUGGGAUUGUGAAUCCAUUAGGAACUCUGUUUAACCCUGCUUACUCUGUGAGCCACACUAUAAUCCACGAAGGCUACGACAGCCUCACUCGCAGGAAUGACAUUGCUUUGAUGAGGCUCUCCAAACCCGUGGACAAGACAGUCUCCACAAAUAUUGGACCAGUGUGCCUCCCGAAUGUUGGUCUAAACAUCGUGACUCCUCAAAGGUGCUGGACAACAUGGUUUGGUCGCACGGUCAAUGGAGACUCCGGCUCUCUACACUUGAUGGAGGCUCAGGUCUCACUCAUAAAUACUUCAGUCUGCAACAGCUCCAGUGCCUACAAUGGCAGGAUAUCACAGGACAUGCUCUGUGCCAGAGAGACGGGGGCAAACACAUGUCAUACUGACAGCGGCGCCCCUCUGGUGUCCCUGAAAGAUGGAGUAUGGUGGCUCGUUGGGGACCGUAUUUGGGGAGACCACUGUGCUGAGCAGAACAAACCAGGUGUUUAUGGCAACGUCACCCAUUUCCUUGACUGGAUCCACUAUCAGAUGAAGAAACAUCAAGAUGACUGA